AUGAACUUACAUGAUACCACGCAGCAUGCUCUUUCCAAUGACACCCGAUUUCACCCCUCCUCCUUCUUGCUGCUGGGCAUCCCAGGACUUGAAGCUCUUCACAUCUGGAUCGGUUUUCCGUUUUGUGCUGUAUACAUGAUUGCACUGAUAGGCAACUUCACCAUUCUCUUGGUGAUCAAGACAGACAACAGCCUACACCAGCCCAUGUUCUACUUCCUGGCCAUGUUGGCUACCAUCGACUUGGGACUCUCAACAACCACCAUCCCUAAGAUGCUGGGGAUCUUCUGGUUCAGUCUCAGAGAGAUUAUCUUUGGUGCCUGCCUUAUGCAGAUGUUCUUCAUCCACAACUUCACUGCCAUGGAGUCCACAGUCCUCCUGGCCAUGGCCUAUGAUCGCUAUGUGGCUAUCUGCAACCCCCUUCGAUAUAGCACCGUCCUCACCAACAAGGUUGUUUCUAUGAUUGGUCUUGGUGUGUUAGUGAGGUCAUUUAUUACUGUUAUUCCAUUUGUGUUUCUGAUACUACGAUUGCCCUUCUGUGGGAAUCAUGUCAUUCCCCAUACCUACUGUGAGCACAUGGGACUUGCUCGUCUCUCUUGUGCUAGCAUUAAGAUCAACAUUAUUUAUGGUUUAUGUGCUAUUGGAAAUCUUGUGUUUGACAUUAUUGCCAAUGCUCUUUCUUAUGUUCAU